GGGAGGGGAAUGACGGCUCUCUUUCCUUUCCCUCCCUUUUCCAGAAAUGUGAUGCCUAAGACUUUGGAUGGGCAGGUGACCAUGGAGAAGACGCCAAGUUACUUUGUGACCAACGAGGCUCCCAAGCGCAUCCAUGCCAUGGCCAAGGACAUCAAGCUCAUCGUGGUGGUGAGAAACCCCGUGACCAGGGCCAUCUCCGACUACACCCAGACACUGUCAAAGAAGCCCGAGAUCCCCACCUUCGAGGUGCUGGCUUUCAAAAACCGGACCCUAGGGCUGAUCGAUGCCUCCUGGAGCGCCAUUCGAAUAGGGAUCUAUGCUCUGCACCUGGAGAACUGGCUCCAGUAUUUCCCCCUCUCCCAAAUCCUCUUUGUCAGCGGGGAGCGCCUCAUAGUGGACCCUGCCGGGGAAAUGGCCAAAGUGCAGGAUUUCCUAGGCCUCAAGCGUGUUGUGACUGAGAAGCAUUUCUAUUUCAACAAAACCAAGGGGUUCCCUUGUCUGAAGAAGCCAGAAGACAGCAGUGCCCCGAGAUGCUUGGGCAAGAGCAAGGGGCGGACUCAUCCCCGCAUCGACCCAGAUGUGAUCCACAGACUGCAGAAAUUCUACAAACCCUUCAACAUGAUGUUUUACCAAAUGACUGGUCAAGAUUUCCAAUGGGAACAGGAAGAGGGUGACAAAUGAGGCUAGGGAAGGGGAGGGAAGGCUCGUGAAUAGCUAAGGAGGCUCUUUACCUGAGUCCUAAAUUACCCCCCGGGGUGGGGGUUACAGCCUCAGCCUUGCUGGAGUGCCAAGUAGGUCCCCUCCUUUGUCCAGCCAGGAUUGCUUCCAACGCUGUGGGCUUGAGCAAAGGGAUGGGUCCCAUCAUGGCCUCCUCCUGGAGGCACCAGGUUUGCCUGGGCAACAGCAUCUGGUUGACCAGAUGGCCACCAGGAGCCACUGCUCCUCCUUGUCUCUUGCUAAUUAAUGGAGUCUGAAGACAGGCUAAAUAGCUGUCAAGGUCAGAGACAGUGCCAGGAAUGUUUGGUUACAUGAUUAUAGAAAAGAAAGGAAGGUCCACGUUGGUCACUUUAGAAGUCUGAGCCCCCGCCCUGCCUCUGGCACAGUCUCUGCUGUAUAAACCUCUGCUUUGGCCUCUCUCCAGAACGCUACUUGUGGCUGAGUGCUCCAGGACUCCCAAGGAGCAAGGCCCUUUCUCUGAGGCAUCUUCAGCCUUCUCCUUAAAGGUCUCACCCCACAACCCUUUGACUUCCCCCUCCCCCACCUCAUGAAGGCGGAGGCAUGCACGUUCCUCACCAGAAAAAUUAAAAAAAAAAAAAAAAGCUGACACCCUUAGAAGCCUUCUUUCCAAGAGCCCUCUAAGAAGGGUUGGGUCUCUCUCUCUUUAGGGGUGUCCCGGGCUGGGGAGAAGCUUAGAUCUUAGGCUAAGAAUCAGGCCUGCAUGGCCCUGCUCAGAGCAGCGUGAUUGCCCUUGAGUUCUGAGCCCUGAGGUUGGUAAAGAUAGAUGCUGUUUCUGAGGAUGAAAAAAGAAGGCCAGACCUUUUUGAGGGGGGAGUGUCUUCAUAUGUGAAGACUCUUCGCACCAUGGUUCUAGGAAAUGCUUUACGGGUAGGCUCCGUCCCUUAGGGUCCCCAGAGGGGCGAGGACCAGAUAGUGGGCAUGUCUUCUGUUAAGAGUAAUUCUUCUGUUACAAUGAACAGGGCUUGCUCACCUUUCUUCUGUUUGCCCCACCAUGUCCCCCCUCGUGGUCAUCUGAUGCUUCAUGUCCUCUUUUCAGAGAUGGCCCACAUUGGGGCCCCAUCUACGGAGGGUCGUCAGAUCCCAUCUGGGGAUGUGGGGGAGGGCAAGGGCUGUCUGCAGACACCCCCUCCAAGGGCUGCCGAACAAAGUGUCCCUUCCCAUUACUUCAAUUCAAUUGAAACACAGCACUUGACAUCAAGCACUAGUUCACUGUUCUCCCAAACCAGGAAUGAACGGGUCUAGUAAAUUUAAAAAGAUGUAUGAGUGGGGGAGCUAAGUCUGUUCAGCUGAUAUUAAACUGUCAUUUCUCCUGCUAAAUGAAAACCGUGUUGUCAUAAAGCUUAAUGCAACCUGA